GUUCCACUGUAUUGCUCCACUAUCAGCUGUUCAGUUGGCCGUUAGUGAAUCACUUUCAGAAUUUCGUGAUUUUGGUUUAUUAUUGUUAAAGUUUCCCCCGGAGGAUGUCGCGCGAGUGCGAGUUCCUGGUGGUCGGCGGAGGCAUCGCUGGCGUCAGUUGCGCCGAGUCCCUGGCCAUUUGCCGACCCACUGCCUCCAUUCUCCUGCUCACGGAAUCCAAUAUCGUGAAGAGUGUCAUCAACUUGGUGCCGGUGGCUCGCUAUCUGCACAAGUUCGAUGUCCGGGAGCAGGAUGUCUCCGAAAUGGGAGCCACCAUCGAGACGCUGGUGGAUCAACUGGAGCACAUCGAGAGCAGCGAGCACCGGAUUCGCACCGCCAAGGGUGUGGUGAUCAAGUAUCGCUACCUGUGCCUCUGCACCGGCGGAGAACCCAAGCUGUUCUGCGGCCAGGUGCUGGAUCCCUGCAUCCUGGGCAUUCGGGACACUGACUCUGUGCUGACAUUGCAGCGCAAACUGGCCACGGCCAAGGAUGUGCUGAUCCUGGGCAAUGGCGGCAUUGCCAGUGAGCUGGCCUACGAGCUCAAGGAUGUGAAUGUCCAUUGGGUGAUCAAGGAUGCCCACAUCUCGGCCACCUUUGUGGAUCCCGGAGCAGCGGAGUUCUUUCAACUGGCCAGGAGUGAAGUGGCGGAUUCCUCGGAGGAGCCAACGGCUAUUAAGCGCAUGCGAUACGAUGAGAUGCUGCCCAAGGAGCAGACUAACCAGCAUGGAGCUGCUUUGGGUCCGGACUGGCAUCGCACCUUUGAUUUGAGUGGCUCGGCUGGAGGAUCGGGCAAACGCCUGCCGAAGAUCUACUACAAAUGCCGCAUUUACUCCACCCUGGAGAUUCCCGAUGAUGCAGGCUACGAAGUCGAGUUGGAGCACGAGGAUGGGAGUCGUGAGCAGCUGUCCGUGGACUUCAUAGUUUCCGCCACUGGAGUCCGGCCGAAAGCCUACUACUCCAGCGAUACCAGGCUAAAGGUUUCCGAUGACGGCGGCAUUCUCGUGGACGAAAUGAUGCGUACCAAUCUGGUGGAUGUCUAUGCAGCCGGUGAUGUCUGCACGGCCAACUGGCCAGAGGCGAUGCACUGGUUCCAGAUGCGCCUGUGGACGCAGGCCCGUCAAAUGGGCUCGAUGGCGGGCAAAAGCAUGGCUGCCGCCAGCGAGGGUGAAACGGUCUACCAGGACUUUUGCUUCGAGCUCUUCGGCCAUGUAACCAAGCUAUUUGGCUAUCCCGUCGUCCUGCUGGGGCGUUUCAAUGGCCAGGACUUGGGCCAGGACUACGAGAUCCUGGUGCGUUGCACCCGCAACAAGGAGUACAUCAAGUUUGUGCUGCAGAGGGGCCGACUACGCGGUGCCAUGCUCAUCGGCGACACCGAUCUGGCCGAAACAUGCGAGAACCUCAUUCUGAACGGCAUCGAUCUGGAGCCCUAUGGCGAUGAUAUACUUAAUCCCGACAUUGACAUCGAAGACUAUUUUGAUUAGUUUAUUACGAACUAGAGCUAGGUAUUAAAAAGGUUUAGAAUAAUG